GUGCCUAAGUUUGAUGCAGAGGCAGCCACAAGGAGCCAUGGCAGAAACAAGCCUGGGUGUUUUUGGUACAGUGAAGACAAUCCUACAAAGUGCAGCAGCAGGUUUUGCUUUUGGAGAAGCUGCAUCAUUUGCAGUUGAGCCCUCACUGACUGAAGAUGGCCUCCUGCUGACUGCUGCAACUUUGGCUGCUGGACGAGCUGGCUCCACUGGGGUCGGGGUGGUGACGGCGUGCCUCGUGUUCACCUCACUGCUCGUUUCUCUGGGAAGCGGUCUCCUUCUCGCUGCCAUGGUGAUGAAGCUGUUGACCAAAGUUGGAGUGAGGUUGCCGUGGUUAGUAGAGGUCACAACAGGAGCCUCUGUUGUGCUAGGUGCUGUCACUACUGGAGUGUUAGCCGGUAUCCUUCCACCAUGGAUCUACAUCGCAGCCCAAGGAUUUCUGGUCCUUGUAGUCUACUCGUACUCCAAUAUUAAUGACAUGACCACUGCUCUGUUUAUCAUCUUCACCACUCUCUACCUCAGUGUCGUGUAUGGAAGAAUGGGUAUCUUGGUUGGACUCUUCGUCGUGGGAUUGACCAUCUCUGUGCUUUGUGCCCUUCGAAAGGCUCUGACAGAGAGGAUGACACAAAGACCAAAAUCUAAAAGCGGAUGCCAACUUCUGGAGAGGAUAUUCUUCUACUCGGUUUUUGUUGGCAUCCUGGGAUUUUCAGUAGGUUUGGGAGCAGGUGAAGCAGGAGAAGGGGCUGAAGUGGAGGUGUUUUUUAUGCUGCAGUCGGUCGUCUGGGUGGCGUUUCUGUGUGCAGGGCUGCUCGGAGCUGGUCUGGGAACAGUGGCCACGGUCGGGCUGGGGCCCGAGGUGGCUGGAAAGGUCGCUGUGGGAGCUGCUAUAAUAUCAUCAAUUUCCCUGAGAGCCAUUCUGCAAUCCAGCUCUUCUCUAGGGACCCGAAGCAGCAUGGGGGGAGUGUUAGGAGCAGCUACAGCUGCAGGCGUGUCACUCGGAGCUGCAAGCGUUGCAGCGAAACAGGCGUUUGGGUCUAGAAAUUCAACUUUUGCAGCUUUAGGUUCAGUUGUUGUCGGUGCAAUUCUGGCAAUGCUAGGCGUAGCACUGAAAGCGACUCUCCUGACAAUGUCAGAACUUCUAUCAAUCACUAUUGUUGCAGUAGUGGCGUUUGCCCUGGGUGCACCAAAGAGCCCGUUCCACACUCAGGUAAAUCUACAAAGGGGCCUUCUCACAGGGCCGGAGCUAAUUAAAGGAAUCGGCAUGGAGACGGUCACCGCAGCAGCAGCACCUAUCGGGGCCGGGGCACUUGGGGCUGCAGCACUGGGUACCGCAGCUCUGGGCAGGCUGGGGACUGCGGGAGUUCUGGUGGCUAUAUUGUUGGCUUUGGGAAGUGCUCUUAGUGGCAUGAUAGGAAAAUCACAGCCGACAACAAGCGCACACAGAGACUGAUAACCUGGGUUUAGAUCUGUCAGAACACAAGGCCAAGUGUGUGCAUAUGUAUGUGUUUGCAUUAUUGCAAGUCUAAACUGACAUAAAAGUAAUUUUACCAUUUAAAUGAUAGCUUAUUUGAAUAAAACAUUUUUUUUUACAUAAAAGUUACAAGCUUGAUCAAACCUGACAAUUGUGUCAUAAUCAUGUAUUAUUGUGGCUACCAGUGUUAUAAAGAAUAAAAUUAAUGAUAAAUGUGUAUUUUCUAAAA